AUGACUCCACAUCCGUCUGUAUAUAACAGCACAACAUAUUACCAGUAUACCACUAAUAACCCGUGGUAUUAUGACUCCACAUCCUAUUACCAGUAUACCACUAACAACCCGUGGUAUUAUGACUCCACAUCCUAUUACCAGUAUACCACUAACAACCCGUGGUAUUAUGACUCCACAUCCUAUUACCAGUACACCACUAACAACCCGUGGUAUUAUGACUCCACAUCCUAUUACCAGUAUACCACUAACAACCCGUUGUAUUAUGACUCCACAUCCUAUUACCAGUAUACCACUAACAACCCGUGGUAUUGUGACUCCACAUCCUAUUGCCAGUAUACCACUAACAACCCGUGGUAUUAUGACUCCACAUCCUAUUACCAGUAUACCACUAACAACCCGUUGUAUUAUGACUCCACAUCCUAUUACCAGUACACCACUAACAAUCCGUGGUAUUAUGACUCCACAUCCUAUUACCAGUAUACCACUAACAACCCGUUGUAUUAUGACUCCACAUCCUAUUACCAGUAUACCACUAACAACCCGUGGUAUUGUGACUCCACAUCCUAUUACCAGUAUACCACUAACAACCCGUUGUAUUAUGACUCCACAUCCUAUUACCAGUAUACCACUAACAACCCGUGGUAUUGUGACUCCACAUCCUAUUACCAGUAUACCACUAACAACCCGUGGUAUUUUGACUCCACAUCCUAUUGCCAGUAUACCACUAACAACCCGUGGUAUUAUGACUCCACAUCCUAUUACCAGUAUACCACUAACAACCCGUGGUAUUAUGACACCAAAUCCCACAGCCAUGACGGAUCUUUCAAUUGA